UUUUGGAAUAAAUUUGAUUAAAUUCAAGUAAUUAAAUUUCAAAAUGAUUGCAGAUGAUGGCGCAGAGGCCAUUGAGGAUGACAUUGAUAACAAUGAAUUACUGCAUGAAGUAUAUGAAAAUGUCCAGGAUUCCGAUUUUACGCGCUUAACAGAAAUGGUACGCAAACAUUAUUUGAAUUAUUUGGAGAAACAAUUGGAAGAGAAUUUGUUGAAUUCCAAUUACACCAACAAAAAGAAUGGCAUUCACAAGGAGGACUAUGAUAAUGAGUUGUGUAAAAAGUCAAUUAAGAAAACAGCUGAGCUGUUGGAGGACAAAGCGGUUAAAGCAUGUAUGAUAGCUAAAUUCUAUCAAAGAGCUAUGGUUAAAAUAAUUGCAAUUGUAAGGCGUACAACGCAGGAAAAACGCUUAUUAACUCAUUUAGAAAAAUGCAUACAAACUAAAGACGAGUGUAAACCAGUCAUAUCUUCCAAAGAAACACAAACAGAAGCUGGUCUUCUAGUAGACGAAACCAUUGACCGAAAUCCAAUAGUUGAUAAUGAACAUGAUAAGAAUAUAAUGUCUUUAGAUGAGAAGAUUGAAAUGUUUCAAAAACAUUUACAAAAAGAAAAAUGUAUUGAUAUCGUAAAAAAGUAUCCCUUAAAUAAUUACACACACAAGAUGUCUAAAAGACAACAUAAACAUCAUCACGAACACCAAAAUUAUCGUGGACACAAUAGGCAUCGUGGCGAACAACGUUCUAAACAUAAACCGGAAGUAGACUUUAGCCCAGCAUCGUCCGUUGUAACAGCUCCAAAUUCGCCUACAUCUCCUAUUAUAAAGCAAACUACCACCCCCACCACUCUUUUAGAUAGUUCUAUAGUUGGAUGCAGUGCAGUUACUGUGGUGGAAAAUGAAAAUUCCAACGAUAGCAUUGGUGCGGAAUUGGCUCGUCUUUUUAGCGAGGAGAAAACAGAAUUGGAUGAAAUUUUUGGCAUUGAUCCCAACGAUGAGCCAGACGAUCCCCAGAUUUGCAAAAUUCUUAAGGAAAUUGAGGAUGCAAAAAUUAAUCCUACAAACGAAGAAAGCAAACCAAGUACAUGUACACAAAGUAAUAUGGAAAACCUAGAACCCGAAACUUGUAAUAGCUUCCUAGAACCGAAACAAGAACAAUUAAAACAACCCUGCAGUGAUUUAAGCCUGACCAUAGACUUAAGUAAAAGCAUUUGGCCUUGUGAACUGUUUAUGCAGAGACGCAAACUAAGUGAAUCGUUAGCUCGGCUUAUUGAUGAAGACAUGCGCUGGCAUGAUGUUAUGAAAUGGAAAUUUUCCCUGCUCUUUGGUGAAGACAGUGAUGAUGAAUUUACACCCUGCAGCCCCAGCAUAGAAUUGGAUGAAGUCUUAAUUGGCAGCUGUAUAAGGCGCAUUUCCCCUUGGGUGGUCAAACAUCUUAUGAAACCCAUGAGAGAUGGUUUAAUUGGCAACCGUUUCUUAUUCAAAAAGUUGGCCAAGAAUUUAGCCCGAAGUAUUAUUAUGGAAAAUCAAUAUCCAGAUGAAUCAAUCAUUAAAGAUUGUGUCGAAAAUUUCUUUUGCCUGCAUCAGGCUGUUAUGUCACUGGAAGAUUUGGAAGUAGAUAUGCCAAGUAUAUCGUAUUUUUAACUAAAUAUAAAUAAAUA